UUUUUUCCCUCGUGUUCCACCGGAGAGUUUAUUACACUAGCUUCUUGCGUGCGUAUUUCUCGCCGUCACACGGCUUCAGCACCGAGAGUGACCGCAGAGGAGACCACUGCAGACUUGUGACGUCACCCGAUCCCUCGAGAUGUGGAGAGCCGCCAUGUUGGUCCUGAGCGGCUGUGUCGUGGCCAGCCGGGCGCAGCAGUGUUCGGCGACGGUGUCGUCGGCGUGCGGCGCGGUGUUCAGGCAGGGGCUGAACGCGACGGAGCGCACGGCGCUGCUGGACCAGCACAACGCCCUGAGGAGCCGCGUGGCCCGCGGGGAGGAGAGCAGGGGCCAGCCCGGCCCGCAGCCCGCCGCCAGCAACAUGCGCACCCUGGUUUGGGACGCCGAGCUGGCGAGGCUGGCGCAGAACUGGGCCAACCAGUGCGUCUUCCGGCACAACCUGUGCGGCGGUGACGUGGGGCAGAACCUCUACACCAUGACGACCACGCAGCGCGGACCGCCCGACCUGGCGGCGGCCGUCAACAGCUGGUACGACGAGGUCACCAAGUUCGGGCGCCAGCAGGUGUCGUCCUACAGGUUCGAGACCAGCACGGGCCACUACACGCAGGUCGUGUGGGCCGAGACGCACCUGCUCGGCUGCGGCUACAUCGGCUACUCGGACACCAGGCAGCACCACACGCUCGUGUGCAACUACGGGCCCGCGGGCAACGUCAUCAGCCGCCCCGUCUACCAGACGGGCAAGACCUGCUCCGCCUGCACGACCUGCAACCCGCGCUACCCGGCGCUGUGCGGGUAGCCGGCCCGCCGGACCACAGGCGCAGCCUUCACCAGUAGCAGCACGUCGCGAACAAUCCAUGUCCAUGUUUUGAAAUAAACCACAUGUAUGCAACCAA